ACUGGGCCACUCACAAUUUGUCAUAUGGACAUUUUAGGAGACACGAACCCCCGAAAAAACAACAACCAGGAGGUUUACUAUGACACACUGAGCUGCGGAUUAUAGCAGGAAGGAAGCGAUAUUUUAUUCUUAUAAUAAACAUGAUUGAAUAUUAUAGUGAGACCGGACAGGAUGUUUUUUUACAUUGUCAAAUAUGCAUAUAUUAAAAUAAAAUAAAAUAUAACAAGACAAAAAAUAAAAUAUAACAAGACCUAUUUUAACAAUGUAACAUUUUAAUGGGUCCUUGGGCAAUGCGGCUGUGAUGUAGCCUAAUAAACCAGAUCCAAACCCCCCCUCCCAUCCUAUUUCUAACCGAGUCGACUCGCUGCUUUGAGACAGACAGAGACAGGAUCAAGGUGCCAGCAACAGCAGCAGCAACACACCGAGGACAGAAGACCACCAACCAUUCUCCAUCACCAGAUAAGGCCCAGGAUCCUCUUUCCCCCAGAAAACAGGAGGUUUAUUUGUUGCAUCGCAGGGUGGGACGCUGGCAUCUUCUUUGGAGGAAUGGCAGAAGAGGAGUUACAAACCUUUACCUCUAUCAUGGACGCGUUGGUUCGCAUCAGUUCCAACAUGAAGAGUAUGGAACGGGAGCUGCAUUGCCCGGUGUGCGAUGAGAUGGUGAAGCAGCCCAUCCUCCUGCCGUGUCAGCACAGCGUGUGUCUGCUGUGUGCGGCCGAGGUGUUGGUACAAAGAGGUUAUCCUCCUCCAGACCUCCCUCCGGAGCCCAACUCGCCGGCCUCCACACCCAACAAUCGCUCCCCACGGCAGGCACGAAGACCCACACCCAGGACCCCUGACCGCCUGGAGCGGGUCCUCAGAACAGUGUGCGGGACAUACCCAGGGCGGAGGCGGAAGGACGCGGCCCCUCCCCCCAUGUUGUUCCCGUGUCCUUCCUGUCAGCAGGACGUGGAGCUCGGAGAGAAAGGCCUGACAGACUGCCUCCGCAACCUCACGCUGGAGCGGAUUGUGGAGAGGUACAGGCACACAGUCAGUCUGGGCAGUGUAGCCAUCAUGUGUGGCUUCUGUAAGCCUCCUCAGUCUCUCGAGGCCACCAAAGGCUGCGCUGACUGCAAGUCCAACUUCUGCAACGAGUGUUUCAAACUCUACCACCCCUGGGGAACCCCUCGAGCUCAGCACGAACACAUUCUACCCACCAACAACUUCCGGCCAAAGGUCCUAACGUGCACGGAACAUGAGCAGGAGAGACUGCAGUGGUACUGCCGUAACUGCCAGAGGUUACUGUGCCCACUUUGUAAGCUCCGUCGUGUCCACCAUGGACACAAAGUGAUGCCUAUAGCACAGGCCUAUCAGGCCCUCAAGGACAAGGUUACCAAGGAAUCCAACUUUAUCCUGGCCAACCAGGAGACAAUACAGAGUCAGACCACUCAACUGGAAGCAGCCAUCAAACAGAUGGAGGCGAACAGCGCAGUGGCGCUGCAUCAGCUGACCCAUUGUAUCAGGGAGCUGGGAGCGGCUGUAGCAGAGCGUCAGGGGGCUUUGGCUCUGGCCCUUGAGGGAUCUCGCAGCAGGAGGGAGGACGCCCUGUGUGCCCAGGUCUCAGAGAGGCGAGGCCUGCUGGAGCACGCGGGUCUGAUGGCCUACACACAGGAGCUGCUCAAGGAGACCGAUCAACCCUGCUUCGUACAGGCUGCCAGAGUCACGCACAGCAGGCUUGUGAAGGCCAUAGAAAACCUCCAAUGUUUCACUCUCUCAGCUGAUCCCUCCUUCAGACACUUUCACCUAGAUGCAACCAAAGAGGUCAAGCUCAUCCAAGGCUUGGAGUUCAUACGUGCCCCAGUGGCUCCAGUCAUCGACACUCAGAAGACACUUGCUUACGACCAGCUGUUUUUGUGCUGGCGCCUCCCUCAGGACUCGGCCCCGGCUUGGCACUUCUCCGUCGAAUACCAGCGACGAGCAGGAGGGGCUGCAGCCACAUGGGGCGGCACCAGAUCUCCUAAUAAUGCAGCAGCAUGGCUGCGUCUGGACGAAGUGAGAGGGACCAAUGCUGUGAUUGAUCGACUGCAGAUGGACAGUGUGUAUGUGCUCAGGGUGAGAGGCUGCAACAAGGCCGGGUUUGGAGAGUACAGUGAAGAAGUUUACCUCCACACUCCACCAGCACCUGUGUUGAGUUUCUCCUUGGACUCACGCUGGGGGUUGCACGCUGACAGGCUGGCUUUGGGUAGAGGCCAAACCUACGCCCGCAGCGUGCCAGGCCUUUCGCUCCUGCAGGCCGCCGACCGCACGCUCACGUCUUGCCAAUUGACUUCUGACCUGCUAGUUGCUGACUUGGCUGUCAGUCAAGGCAGACACUACUGGGCAUGCUCUGUGGAGCCUGGUUCCUACCUGGUAAAGGUGGGAGUAGGACAGGAGGCGAAGCUUCAAGAGUGGUUUCAUCUCCCUCAGGACAUGGCCAGCCCUCGCUGUGACCCAGACAGUGGCCAUGACAGUGGGGCAGAGGACGGCCAGGACUCUCCUCCCUUCUGUUUCCUCACAAUGGGCAUGGGCAAGAUCCUGCUUCCUCAAGGACAUGGACACACUCAAAGCCAGGUGGACAGCCAGAGCCAGGGGGGAGUGCACUCCCACAGCAGCCACAGUAACAUGCCUCACCUUCACACUGCUCCUCUGCCACCCCGACUGGGAGUGUGUCUGGACUGUGACAAAGGACGCGUCACCUUCUACGAUGCCCACUCGCUGCGGAUCCUGUGGGAGGGACACGUGGACUGUUCGGCUCCAGUGUGUCCGGCCUUCUGCUUCAUCGGCGGAGGGGCCCUGCAGCUGCAGGACCUCGUGGCCACCCGGAGCAUCGACGAGCCGCCGCCGCGGAGAGUAACUAUCCAAACACGUGCGACAAAUCUCAGCAAAUAAAUUGUGGCGUGACAGCAGUUUGUGGGCACAGUUCACUCAGCAAUCAAAGUUUAUGUCUGUAGAGUUAAAGGUGGUUUAUAUUCACCACUUAAUGUGAGUUGAUAAUUGCCUUGAUCCUGUGAAACUUGGAUACUUGAUUGAACUGUCGCUGCUGGAUAUUUUUCCUCUCGAUGUGAUUGUUGAGAUCUUAAUACAAAUAUCUGAUGUACUUUUGCAUUUGCACUUGGCCUGAAUAUCAAAUAUCUCUUUUGGCUAUUUUUUUUCCUGCUUUCUUUCUUUCUUCUCAAUUGUGCAAUGCUCCUAUGGACAUUGUGACUGAAGUGAUUUUAGACUAUGCAGAAUUCCGUCGACACGGUGAGUGAAUCACCUUUAUAGCAGGUUAAAUCUGUUUGUAAUGUAAGAAAAAAAUCUGCCCUCCUUUUACACUUGUCUUAAAGGUACAGUUUCUAGAAUUUGGUGGCAUCUAGUGGUGUGGUUGCAGGUGACGUGAGUCACCGAGUGCAAAACCGUGGUAACGCCGUUCACUUCGCUCAGAGGCCAUCCUUACCAUAAUAACACUACUUUAGGAGCAAUGGAAGUCAGACGGCGUCUGGCGGUACCACGGUUUUGCACUCUGCGGCUCACGUUACUGCAGUUUCCCAAAAUGGGGCGGAGAACAACGGUUGCCUUCAGAUAACAUAAAAACGUGAAAGGCUCUUUCUAGAGCCAGUGUUUGGUUUGUCCGUCCUGGGCUACUGUAGAAACAUGGCGAACUAUGUGAAGAGGACCCGCUCCCUAUGUAGAUAUGAAGGGCUCAUUCUAAGCUAACAAAAACAUAACGAUUCUUAGUGAUUAUACACUUAUGAAAAAACAGUUAUGAAUAUUAUAUUCCAUUUCUGAUAAUAGAUCCCCCGAAACGUUACACACUGUUCCUUUAAUUUGUCCAAGAAUGACUGGACAACAAAAGUUGCAUGCAAGUGUAACUAGGAUUCAUAACUUACAUUAUGCAGAUAUGACUGUCACCUUGUAAAAGCACCUCAGAUGUACUGUACGUCUAAUUUUAUAUCUUGAUUUUUGUAUGUAGCUUCAACAAGUGUUAAUGAUGUGUAUAUAAUUCUGAAUUAGAGAAUGUGAACAAUCUUCGGUGGUAAAGUUGCGCUGGCUCACAUCAGGAUCAUGCGUCUCAGUGUCUGAACAGUACCGCUGGUAUUUUAUAUAGUCGCUGUUUUGCAUUUCAAAAAAGGACUCUUGUGGCAUUUCGGCUCAGUAAACACGCUCACAGUUGCCUCAAUGUUUUCAAAAGAGAUAAAGUAUAAACGUUUCUGAAGCAUCAUGAUCUCAUAAUGCUGUUUGAAUUAAUAACGUGUGAAUACAUUUCAGUGUUUUACAUUUUGACUAAAUGUAGAUGGCCUACUUGUCCAGUUUUAAACUGUGGUGUUUGAGUGAUUUGCACAUACAUGUUAAUGAUGAGAUGUGACGUUAAAGGAAGUGGAUGGAUGAAGUAGGCUAAUGAGAAGAGGUCUAUUUUAUGAGCUCUGGUUGACUUCAAAUUUGACUUUUUUUUCUAUAGCUUUUGUUUUUCUUACAGUAGCUCUUAUUGAAUAAGCUGAUAUAAAGAAUUUGGAGAAUGUAAGAGUCCUGUUAUGCCUCAUUUCAGUGCAAGAGAUUGUCUAUAUUGUAAUAUUUCCAAGACUCAGACUGUAUUUUGAUAUACAAUAUGAUUUUCUGGUGUGUAUCCUCGUCUUGAAUGAUGUUCUAGACUCCUCUACUUGUGUUACAGCACAGCAGCACUUGAAUGACUUUAGACUGUAGCAUCCCAGAAAUCACUCUCUCUCUCUCUCCAUUUAGAGUUAACCUUGGCUGGCAGAAUGUUUCUAUCAUGUCAUGAAAAAAAACAAUAAAUGACUGAUAACUGUAA